GCGCAGGGCCGGCGGGCGAGCGUGGAGGUGAGCGGGGCGAGCGGCGCGCUGGUGCUGAGCUCGCGGCUGGACCGGGAGGAGCUGUGCGGCAAGAGCGCGCCGUGCGCGCUGCGCCUGGAGGUGCUGGUGGAGCGGCCGCUGCGCGUGUUCCAUGUGGAGCUGGAGGUCACCGACAUCAACGACAAUGCCCCCGUCUUCCCCGCCGCACGAAAAAACCUCAGCAUCGCGGAGAACUCCCCGCCUGGGUUCCGUAUCCCACUGGAGGGCGCAUCGGAUGCGGAUAUCGGAGCGAACGCUCAGCUCACCUAUACACUCAGUCCGAGCGAGCACUUCUCUCUGGAAUUAGAAAAAAUCGAGGAGGAUGUUGAGUCUUUAUUUCUGGUGCUCAGAAAGCCGCUGGACCGGGAGACGAUUCCAGUACACCGGUUGGUGCUGACAGCGAGUGACGGGGGCCGGCCGUUUCUGACAGGGACCAUGGAACUCGUGAUCACGGUGCUGGAUGUGAACGACAACGUGCCCCAGUUCAACCUAUCAGUGUAUAAAGUGCAGCUGCCAGAAAACGCAGAACGCAGUACUUUGGUGAUCAGACUAAAUGCCACAGAUUUGGAUGAGGGGUCGAACAGCGAUAUCUCCUAUUCACUCCAGAUCCUGUCCCCGCAGGAUGGAAGAGACAUUUUCGGAAUUGACAAAAACAGUGGAGAGAUCCGCCUUAAGGGCGACUUAGACUUUGAGGAUGUCAGUCUCUAUCACCUGCAAGUGGAUGCGACAGAUAAGGGGACACCCCCGCUGUCGGGUCACUGCAAGGUGGUGCUGGAGGUGCUGGACGUGAACGACAACGCGCCGGAGGUGUGGGUGACGUCGCUGUCGGUGCCGGUGCCGGAGGACGCGUCGUUGGGGACGGUGGUGGCCCUGCUGAGCGUGUCGGACCGGGACUCGGGGGCGAACGGUCGCGUGCGGUGCUGGGUGUGGCCGGCGUCGCCGUUCGGUCUGGAGGCGACGUUCGCGGGCUCGUACUCGCUGGUGCUGCGCGAGGCGCUGGACCGGGAGCGGGUGUCGGAGUACGAGGUGGAGGUGCGUGCGGAGGACGGCGGG